AUGUCGACUUCAAAGAUAAAUCUUUCCCUUCUGAAUGCUCAUCUCAUCUGCGGUCUGUGCGGUGGGUAUCUCAUAGACGCAACAGUUCUCACCAACUGUGUUCACGCAUUUUGUCGGAGUUGCAUUUUACGAUACCUUUUGGACAACAAAGUCUGCCCCCUCUGUGAUUCUCUUAUUCACGAAGGCAGACCAGGAUUCGCUCUUCGUCCAGAUAUUACCCUGCAACGGGUGGUCUACAAGCUGGUACCCGGACUUUUAAGAGUCGAGUUGGAUCGUAUUGCGGCAUUUCGCGCCAGAUUUUCACAGAAUCCCACAGCUGUGUUGAAAAAAGUCAACAAACAGCUCGCUAAAAUGAAAUCUACAACGACCAUGGACAAUUACGUGAAGAUGAAUCACCCUGAGGAUGCCAUGUUCCUGGAGCAACUGGGCGUUUGCAAGCUCUGCCAACUGCGACUUCUGGAUGGCCCCACUUUCCACUCCUACUCUUUUCCAAGACGAUACAUGGACUUUCUGAUGGAUAAAGUUGACUCUGUGUGUGUGGUGUGCUUUGGUCUUCUUCAGAGUUUGCGGAUUUCCCAUGCAGCAGCUGCAGCAGGACCAGUUGAGAGUUCUGGUGACGUAAUUUCUCAGAUCAUACAGGUCGUAAUGUCUUCCAGCUACCGUUUUAGUGGAUUUCAGCUCAAUAUAUCCGAGCCGGCGGAUAUUUCGCUACGGGAUCGUGCUGUCUGGGCCCUUUUAGCAGAACGACACCAACAAGCCGAGCCUGGCGGCGGUGAUGAAAGGCUCGGAGACAUAUCAGCGGUCGCGGAUGUCGCAGUUCCGGCUAAAGUGGUCUUCCGAAAUUUGGCUUACGCUUUGAUUAAGGAGCAGUUGUUGAAGUUAAACGGCAUCCACAAGGCAUUAUUUGAGAGUGAUAUCCCCGGAUGGUUUGAUCCAUCGACCGAACAAGUCUCCAUCCUCGUCAGCUUCAACCUGCUGGAUCCGUCCGGCGUUUCCAAGCUCUACAUGGAUCGCCUAACCGACGCUGUCAGACAAACCUGCCCGCCGAGGCUCUGGUCGAGUCUUCUCGCUGCUCCAAAAAAAUCUCGUAGGCGUCGUCCCUUUGGAAGGGCUGUGCAGGAACUCUCGCCACCGGAGGCCUCCACAGUGUCGCGCACCUCGAUAAAACAACUUCUGUCCCUCCUACCGGACAAUGUGUUCUUGCAGAAGCUGCUUUCGGUGGAAGUAUCGAGAGUUGCGCCGCUGGUAGUCGCUGGUCGUUACGUGAAGCUCUGUCGAAAAUUGCCUCAAACACCCUGGAUCCUUGAUGGUGAACGAAAACUGGAGACCUCUGUGGAGGAAUUGAUCGCUGCGCCCCUGGUUAGCGCAUUCGGUCCGGGUACCAAGUACAACUUUGUCAGCUCAGGCAGAGAGGACAUUGAUGUCAGAUGUCUCGGCUUGGGUAGGCCGUUUAUGCUGGAAAUUUCAAACUACGCCCACACUCUAGCCUCCAUGCUUACUGAAGAGGGCAAACUUCUUGGAGAGAAGACGCCAAGUGACAAUGCCAAAAAUGGCGCCGAUGAUAUCGAUGCCAGUCAACUUUUAUCCGCUCCAGGCGAUCUCUCCUGGAUGGCCCGUAGAAUCAAUCUGUCGACAGACUGUCGUGUCUUCGUUCGCGAUCUCCAGGUGCGUUCGAUCAUAAUUUUGUCGCAGGUAUAG